AUGCUUGACGCAGAGGAAAGUCCUGUGCUGUUGAGUUCGGCCCCAGUGCUGUGCUGGACCAGGCACCAGACCCCAGGGCCUCUGUGGUGCUCCGAUGCCCCUCACCCACAGGUGAAGAUCCCGGGUGGGCGAGGGAAUGGCAGGGAUCACUCUAUCAAUGUUAUCCUUUAUAAGGAUGCAAAGCUGACCGUGACGCAGCUGACCUCUGCAAACAGCACGUCCUGUGUCCUGCUCUUUCAGUACCAGGUGAACGAGCAGGCCUGCUGGUGCUGGGAGACCGUCCUCGCCUCAUGCAGUCUCUUCCUGGGUGUCUCGGAGGGGGCCCUCCCAGAGGGCAGUAAAGAAGGUCUCACCAGUCUCCUGGAGUUUGCCGAAGACAAGCUGAAUGUUAGCCAAGUGUUUGUGUGGUUCAAUAAGAACAGGGACGACUUAAUGUGUCUAACCAAAACAUUCUACUACAUGGGCUUUGAGAUGGUAAAGCCUGGUCAUCCGCUGGUUCCAUCUCAGCCUGACCUCCUCUUCAUGGUCUACAACAUUGAGCCCAGCCACUGUGGUGAAGAGUGAAGUCAACAGGAUACGCACACAGCUCUCCAGUUUGGGCAAUCUCCUUGUGUCCUCUAGCAAGCAGUCUUUAACUCAGUUGGAAUUGAGCUCCGCUCGAGGGAAGUCUUUAGUAAGAGUUAAGUCAUCAUCCUAUUAACCGCGUUAUGUUGACCAGUACUUCUUCUGUACUUCCUAGUAUUCUUUGCCACGGCACUUCUGGUAACAGGGUCACUUGGUGCUAAAGCUGAUGUUAUUUUCCUUUGCAGUCAAAAGCAUCUAUGAAUAUGUAUGUGUCUAUCAUGUCUCUUUAGUACAUUGUUUGUACAAUAUUUCACAAUGUGUAAAUUGGUUCCAUGCCAACAAGAUACAACAGAUGGGACAGUGGUCAGGUGAGAAAUAUACUUACUGCAGACAAAGGAGAACUAAACAGUGAGCAUUCACAGGGAAAAAAAAUAAAAAGUAGCACUUUAUUACAGAGAUAGUUUUAUUUUCAUCCAAAGCAUUCUACUUUUUUUUUACUUUAACAAGCUCUUCAGAACUAUAGUUAACAUAGUAAUGUCCUACCUGAGCAAUUGACCAAGAUCAUUGUUAGCCUCUCUUUGCUUUCAGACCUGCAUGCACUUUCCUUCGCCUCAGUUCACUUAGAUGUGAAGUUAAUGAGUGAUCUAUUAUAUGUUGAUGAUAAUUAAUGUACAGUUUUCUUGUACAUGUAAGAAUGAUAAUCUCUGAACAGUUACAGACAUGUUUGACUCCAGAUGUUUUAAAAAUAAUAAACUGUAAUCCUUUA